ACAUGCACAUAAAAUUGCCUAGAGUAUGUAUUCUCAUUUAACUAUUUUUAAACGUGACGUGUAUGUAAAUAACGUAGAACAAAAUUGGAUGUAUUUCCAGUUAAAACUAUUGCACAUAAAUAGCUUGCUUUUUGCGAAAUUUUGAUUUUGUGACUAAAAGCCCCAAACUUAUUUUUAUUCAGAUCCUUUAAUUUUUCAUGUAAAAUACGGUGCAGAUUAUUUGCACAAAACGUUCCUUUUGAGUAUGACUAUGAAUUAUAUCUUCACACUAAAAAUAUAUUGUUUGAACUAAGGUAGGCCAAAGCAUUCAUUUUGGAUACAAGAUGACGAACGAAAUCUUCAAGAUGUGUUCUAGAGAUUAUGUUUUGGAAUAGUAAAUACAUAACUAUGUUAUGACCAUGGAUUAGUCUUUGUUCAACAUAACAAUCUAAAGUUAUUUGUUCAACUGGUUUGUAAUUUGAUUAGAUGUGUUUUCCAUUUUGUUUCUGAUUCAUACCCAUUAUUUUCGUGUAAAAUUUUAUUUCUCGCCUGUUGAUACUCUUCGAAAAGGACGAAACGUCACAAAUAAAAGAUUAAAAUAUAUUCUGAAGGCCUUAGAAGACAUUUUCCAUUCGUUAUAGUAAAUAGAAGGGAAAAUAGUUUGUUUUUGCUAUUUUUUCCAUUAUUCCGUUUUGGUUCUAUUAUUAGGAUGCAUAAACCGAACGAUUUAUCAACUCAGUAUUGUACUGAGAAGGGUUCCGAUCACGCAAAUUGAUUUACAGUAAUCUUUGGACGUGUAAUUUAUGUAAGUAAAUAAAUUGCAAUCGAUUCAGUGAUGUAAAACCUAGGGGCUUCAUUCGAAUUUUAAAACAGUGAAUUUUUGUAAAUAUUUUUGAAUAUUAUAGAUAUUUUCUCAUAGAAUCUUCGAAAAUAUUUUGAAUAUACGUGAAUAAAUUUAGAUUUAAAAAAAACCAAGAUGGCGGCUGGUGAGAACGGCUGAACUUUCAAAAUAAGAAACACCGAAUAUCUGUGAAUGGGAGUGAAUAUCUCCUAAAACACACCGAAAUUAAUGAAUAUUUUCAUUAGCUACCAUAUGAGAGAAUUAUGAGUUUAGCUAAGCAUGAAAUAUUUGAUUUGUGAAAAAGGUGGAGAGAGUUUAAUUUCAAUUUUGUAUUUCCGAGCAACGGCGUAAUGAGCAAAUAAGCAUUGUUUGGCUGAAUAAGCUAUGCUAUAUACAUAUGCCCACAUAAACACAAGUAAAAUUCACUGCCAAGCCAAAUACGCUUGCAAUACAAUAAUCUGUUGUUUGGCAUAAGCAUUCUGUUUGUGAUUACAGUUUUGAAAAAGGAGCAAAAACCAUCGUUUACGGGGAUUAAAAUCACAUGAAUGUGCUGCAGUUUAUGGCCUUGGGAAUGAACGUUAGCUCCGAAAUGCAAUUGUGCAUGAGCAACAUUCAAACAAUUUGUUAAAUAAUGAUUUUGAAUGAGCGCGCGCAAUAUUCUAUUAUCUCCGAUUCAUAUUCUCUUUAUGAGCCCACUUCACUUCUAUCCGACGUAUAUUAAAUGUGCAAAAUAAAACCGUACUAAAAUGUGUAUUGUAGAUGUGCAAUGAAAAUGUAUAUACAUAGAGUAAUUCAUUUUGGUAAGCCUUUUAAGCUUACAUAAAGAUUACAAAACUUAGCACACAUAUGCACAGGUAAGCGAUGGGCUUUUUCUUUGUUUUCGAAUUGUACCAUGGAUUUUAAUCGAUUCAAAAGAACUUACAUAUAUACUAUAGUAUAUGUGAGUGUUCUCAUUAUAUUUUUUUUUCUCCACAUGCUCUUCUCUGAGGCAUUAGAUGUGCUUCCAGGCUUCACCGCCAGGCUUUCAAAUGUGCAUGUAUACCUACAAAUAUCAUAAUCGCUGAGCAUACAAAAUUCGGUUCGUUAUUUCAACAUCCAUUCCGGAUUAAUAUUCACAAAACGAAUGAACGUGUGACUAAUGUAUAUUUCUGUUAUCUUAAUGGAUGCGCUAUGAACUGUUCAGAUAUAACAUGGCUCAGCUUCACAAAGAGCAAAGUGUUUAUGUUUAAAAUCAGAACAUUGGCAAUGGAAUUGUGCUUUUGGGAACGUACUCGUUAGCAUCUGCACGAUUAUCGUGCAAUUAAACUACCAAAGAUGCGAGGUUCAGAGAAUUUUUGUUUAAAUCCAAAUCAAUUUCUCUUGAAUGAUAGAUAAUUUUCAUUAUUAUACUAUUGAAGCAAUUUCCUAACCACUUGAAACUUUGAAUGAAUUAUUAAAUGGUCGUAUUCGAAUAUUUUUUCCCCGAUGUUCAAGAUAACAUUUCCACCGAAUGAAAGCGUUGCGUUUUGCGAUGUGUUUCAGUGAACGUGCGUUCAAAGAUUAGUGCAUCAAUCGCACGGUGAGAAGUACAAGUUCUUUUAUGUUGCGCUUGAGCUAUGAAAAACUGGAAAACUCAAUGGGCCCAUCCAAUUGCUAUGUGUUGGGUAUGUUAUCACUUAGAUUCACAUUGUACCACACCUGAUCCAUUUUUAGCCAGUGAGAUGUGUACAUUUUAAGGCGUUGUUUUACCGCAUGUACUAUAUGCAAAUGUGAUUUUUUUAAGGGGCGGAGAUGAAGUUGGCACAGAGAAAGCGAACAAGCAAGAGAUAAAUUAUGCUCAUGUAGAUGAACAAAAUUCACAAUCAAACAUAGCCGGUGCCAUUGUGUGUAAUGUGUAUGUGUAAAAUCGUAGAUUUUGUGUGAAUACGAACUUUCAUUGUAAGCCAAAAACAAAUAGGAAGCAAUGGAAGCAUACAAGACAGAAAAACAUGAAGUUUGCAUUUACUGGUUUGGCUUCUCGAAAUAUUCUACACGAAUUUGUACUUUUGCCGAAUAGAAUGCAUCGUUUCAUGGAGCAUAUUAGUCUUAAUGUAUGUAGUAUGUUCCUGGAUUAUCAUUUCACGGUUUCUUUCUCCUUUUCAUUUCCUUCGUCUACUUGUAUGCGCUCUCUGUUGAAACAAUAUCGUACAGUCAUUUUUAGGAACGAUUUCGAACAUUUCGAGCCCACUUAAGUCCUUUUGUUUUGUGAUGUUAAAAGUCAGUUUUCAUUUUAAUCUGUUUGGCAUUUUUCUGGGUGGGAUUCACGUAUGUUUGGGUGUUUUUUUUCCGGCUCAUAUCUUAGCAGCCUAAUUGUGUCGUCACACGAAAAGGUCAAUCAUAUCAAUCAAGUUGACAGUUCGGGCAUGGAAUAUGUCAAACAUAAUCGAUAUCACCAACCAAGAGGUAUUCAUUGAAUUUUAACAUGACAGGCUGGGAUUCAUAAUUACGGUUUGAAGCCAUGAUUAUAAUUAAUGGUACAUAAGUCAACCGCACAGUAAAACAAAAUUACACUCUCACGAAGCUCACACGUCAAAAGUAUCCCAAUGAAUCAAAGGAAUCGUUCGCUCUGACACAUGCUUGGCAUAGUUCAAAAUUGAAGUGACACCCGCAGCAACACAUCCUCGCGUUACAUCACAUCACACACUGAUCUGCUCUCACUGAGGAGAGAAAUGUGGAGGAGAGAGACCGAAAAAGAGUAAAGCGAUCGUGUAUGCAAAUCGUAUCCAUAACAACGCAAAUUUCCACUAAACUCUUCGUGCAUAUUUCAACGUUCACAUGCAUAUUUUAGUACCUUUCAACCAUUCUCUUGACGUCCGUAUAAAAUGCGCCAAGUAUAUUGAUUCGCUAAGAUCAGAUGAAGAAGAACGAUUUGCGCUACUUUUCUCCAUUCUCCAAAGCCAUAGACUACCGGUGCAUUUGAGACUGCGAAUAUACAUACUUCGUUUACAUCUCCAGGUUUCACUCCACUCCACUUUGGCUUCGUUGAUUGCUUGCUUUGGUUUUUCUAAGUACUUCAUUAUGGUGACACAAACUACAUGCACAUAAAACGACAACAUGAAAUGCGAUUAGUUUUUGCUAUUAAAUAAUUCACAUGAUGUUUUUCCCUUCGUACAUAAUCAAAAGUGACUGGAUACAAAAUUCGUCAUGUUUUACAUAACCCCCAAUGAAGUAGCACAUACUAUAUAUAUAUAUACUACAAACAAUGCUAAAGGUACUUGAAAGUGCUCGGCUCGUCUCGUUUUAGCUACCAAUAAUCUACGUAGAAUAUAAGACAUAUUACAUAAUUCAUUAAGCAUUCAAACUCAACGUUCAAAGCAUCAACGAAAACAGAUUUUGUAAAAUCUGACAUGUGCAGCGUGUUUUUAUUGUUCAAAUAAUGAUGAAUUUACGGAUGAAGCGUUCCUCAUUGUAUGGGAAGUUUUUGUAAACCGAGAAUAUUGUGAUUAGUUCGUGCUUAUGCUGAUUUUUUGGGUUCUUCCAUAUCAACAUUUUGGUUGAUUUAGGAAUUCAUUGUUCAUAAUUUAAUAUUUACAAUUUGUUAUCCAAAAUAUUUUGCACGGCGACAGUAACGUAAUGGUUUGACACUUUUGGCUCCUUGAAUCACUGGAUGAAACACUGUGACACUUUGCCACUUUGCUACUAUAAAUUAAUUACGAUCUUUAACAUUUAUCUCGUUUAUAGUACACAGGCGUUUCAUGGCAUCUAGUUUAUGCAGCGAAACAAAACAGCCGGUUUUCAACUACUGAAAUACCGCAAAAUGUUGCAGGCGAUGUCUUUAGAUUAAUGGGAUGUCCUUCAAAGAAGUAUUACAUCAAUUAAGUUUCUAAGCGUUUUCUCAGCCAAUUAAAUCUCGUUUAUAUAAAAUCAACUAAAGCGAAAACGAACCGAAUGAUAUCAUUGUUCUCCACUUCAUGGUUGGGAUCUAAAAUAUAUCCAAGACAAGCAUUGUUUAUGGCAUUAUUGUAAAUACCCUAAUUACUCUUUAUGAUAAUCAAAUAAUCUUGAAAUGGCUGUUCCAACAAACCCCAGCACAAGCUAGCCACUUCCAGACGCAAUUUGAUUAAUCGAAAUUCAUUGAUGAAAAUUGAGUUUGUGAUUUAGGAAACUCAUUUCAAAGAGUUAUAUUGGAAUGAUAGUUGCAUCUCUUAAGAUCAUUCAACUCUUUUUUCAUAAAACAUUUUGAAAAUAAUAUCCUCUUUAAACUAUGCCCGUCCAUUGUAUUUUAAUUGUACAUUUAAAUUAGAAUAUCUCCAAAAUUUAAAUGAACCCACUGAAGAGUAAUAAUCUCAAGUUAUCCCAAUCGAAAAUUGGCAAUUGAAUCCUUAUCGUAGUUUAUUGUCUUCCACGAUUAAUUUAUUGUUUCUGAUUUCGUUUGGCAAAUCAUUCGUCUAAUCAUUAAAUAUAUAAUUAUGAAUGCCACGAAUCAUACUCAUUUAAUCUAUGGAUUCUUUUUCAUCAACAGAAAUGAUUGAUAAAUUUUGGAACUAUCAUAAAUAAUAAUAAAUCUCUUUGAAAAUAAUGCGAUAUUUUGCAACGAUAAUAAAACAAAAUUUGAAGGAGGAAAACCAUUUGUGCUGAAGUUUAAAAAAAAGUAACCUCAAAAUUAAUAGAACAUUAAAAAUUAUUGUGUAUACAACUCUUGAUGAUAGUUUAGAUGAAGACUAUCAAUUUGCGGCAUUCGCAGUGAAGUCGCACAGAGUGUGAUUUUGUAACACCAAACGACACACACACACACAUAGUAUGCAUACACAAAAUUCAUUUUUAAAAUUGACAACGAUAUAAUAUCCAAGUGCAGCUGCAAAAACCAAAAUUUGAACAGAAAAAAAAAUUCAACAACUUAAACUAUGGACUCAAUCGAACGAAUAAUACGUGCCAACCCAUUGCCGGCAAAUUUACCAAACGGCAAUGGACAAAAUUCUCGACGAGCACUUGUGCAUGCGUCAUUAGCCACAGCUGUUGGUCGAAAGGGACGUCAUCUAACUGGUACAUUUUGUUUAACUGGCGAUACAAUGGAAGGCAUAAUUCAAUGUCUCGUUUUUCUGAAAGCGUUUUCGCUCGUUGGAGGCGAAUUUGAUAUGGAACUGAAUUUUGUGAUUCAAGAUGCCCAGAAUAUCAAGCACAUGCUAGAACUCUUGGACCAUUGCCCUCCAAAUUUACAGGCGGAAAUAUGGAGCGUAUUCAUAGCAAUAUUACGUAAAAGUGUUCGCAAUUUGCAGGCGUGUACCGACGUAGGAUUAAUUGAACAUGUUUUAAUGCGAUUGCAACGUGCCGAAACUGUUGUAGCUGAUUUACUGAUCGAAAUGUUGGGAGUGUUAGCAAGUUAUAGUAUAACAGUUAAAGAGCUUAAAUUAUUGUUCGGUGCAAUGAAAGCUGUCAAUGGGAAAUGGCCACGUCAUUCAGCCAAACUAUUGAAUGUUCUACGUCAAAUGCCGCAUCGAAACGGGCCGGAUGUGUUUUUUAGUUUUCCUGGGCGCAAAGGAUCGGGUAUUGUAUUGCCACCGCUAGCGAAAUGGCCGUAUGAAAAUGGUUUUACAUUCACAACGUGGUUCCGACUAGAUCCCAUCAAUUCAGUCAACAUCGAACGAGAGAAGCCGUAUUUGUACUGUUUCAAAACAUCCAAAGGCGUUGGAUAUACAGCCCAUUUCGUUGGAAAUUGUUUAGUAUUGACGUCAAUGAAAGUCAAAGGGAAAGGCUUUCAACAUUGUGUUAAAUACGAAUUCCAACCGAGAAAGUGGUAUAUGAUAGCCAUUGUUUAUAUAUACAAUCGAUGGACUAAAAGUGAAAUAAAGUGCCUCGUUAAUGGUCAAUUAGCAUCAAGUACGGAAAUGGCGUGGUUCGUUUCGGCUAAUGAUCCAUUUGAUAAAUGUUAUAUUGGUGCAACACCCGAACUGGAUGAAGAGCGCGUAUUUUGCGGUCAAAUGGCAGCAAUUUAUUUGUUCAGCGAAGCAUUAACAACACAACAGAUUUGUGCAAUGCAUCGAUUAGGUCCUGGUUACAAGUCCCAAUUUCGAUUCGACAACGAGUGCUACCUUAAUUUACCGGACAAUCAUAAAAGGGUUCUUUAUGAUGGGAAGCUAUCAAACGCAAUUGUAUUCAUGUACAAUCCAGUGGCAACCGACGGCCAGUUGUGUUUACAGUCCGCUCCAAAAGGAAACGUUUCAUAUUUCGUGCAUACGCCACAUGCUUUGAUGUUACAGGACGUUAAGGCUAUCGUAACACAUUCAAUUCAUUGUACUUUAAAUUCAAUCGGUGGGAUACAAGUCCUUUUUCCAUUAUUUUCACAACUGGAUAUGCCAUAUGAUGGUUGUAGUGAUAUCAAACGAGAUCCAGCAUUAUGCUCUAAACUACUAGGCUUUAUAUGUGAAUUGGUUGAAAGUUCACAAACCGUACAGCAGCAUAUGAUCCAGAAUCGUGGAUUCCUUGUGAUAUCGUUCAUGUUACAAAGAUCAUCUCGCGAACACCUAACACUCGAAGUGCUUAGCUCAUUCUUAAGCCUAACGAAAUAUUUGGUGACCUGUUUGUCGGCCAAUAGCGAUUUAUUGCUAAAACAACUUUUCUGUUUUUCAUUUCUAACAUGGCAGCUGCUGGAUCAUGUGCUAUUUAAUCCAUCACUGUGGAUCUAUACGCCGGCCAAUGUGCAAGCACGUCUCUAUUCAUAUUUGGCCACCGAAUUUCUGAGUGACACACAAAUAUACAGCAAUGUGCGACGCGUCAGCACUGUUCUCCAAACGAUCCACACGCUAAAAUUUUACUAUUGGGUUGUGAAUCCACGAGCAAAAAGUGGUAUCGUACCAAAGGGAUUAGAUGGUCCACGUCCAGCACAAAAAGAUAUCCUCACUAUUAGAGCGUACAUUUUGCUCUUUCUCAAGCAACUGAUUAUGAUUGGUAAUGGAGUGAAAGAGGAUGAAUUGCAAAGCAUUUUAAAUUACUUGACCACAAUGCAUGAAGACGAAAACCUACACGACGUUUUACAAAUGCUAAUUUCAUUGAUGUCAGAGCAUCCGAGUUCUAUGGUACCAGCCUUCGAUGUGAAACAGGGCGUUCGAUCUAUUUUCAAAUUGCUAGCGGCCGAAAGUCAAUUAAUACGAUUGCAAGCGUUAAAAUUACUAGGAUUUUUCUUGUCACGUAGCACACAUAAGAGGAAAUAUGAUGUGAUGUCGCCGCAUAAUUUGUACACUCUUUUGGCAGAACGGUUGCUACUGUACGAAGAGUCACUGUCAUUGCCCACAUAUAAUGUCAUUUAUGAAAUUAUGACGGAGCACAUCUCGCAGCAAGUUUUGUACACAAGACAUCCAGAGCCAGAAAGUCAUUUCCGAUUGGAAAAUCCAAUGAUCCUGAAAGUAGUCGCCACAUUAAUUCGACAAUCAAAACAAACCGAGCAGUUGCUUGAAGUAAAAAAACUAUUCUUAUCCGAUAUGACGCUGUUGUGCAACAACAAUCGUGAAAACCGACGCACUGUGCUGCAAAUGUCUGUGUGGCAGGAAUGGCUUAUCGCUAUGGCUUACAUUCAUCCCAAGAAUAGUGAGGAGCAAAAAAUAUCUGAUAUGGUUUACUCGUUGUUCAGGAUGCUUUUACAUCACGCAAUCAAACACGAAUACGGCGGUUGGAGAGUAUGGGUCGAUACACUGGCCAUCGUUCAUUCAAAAGUUUCCUAUGAGGAGUUCAAGUUGCAAUUUGCUCAAAUGUAUGAGCAUUAUGAGAGACAUAGGACAGACAAUAUAACCGACCCAGCAUUACGGAGAGCGCAUCCAAUCAGUACGAUAAGCGGUUGGGAUCGUGAUCACGACCAAUCAACCGAGAGCUCAGUGAAAAAUGGUCAAGCGUUGAAUGAAAAAGCAAUUACUAGCACCCAAACGAAUGAAACACAGCCAGAGAGAUCGUAUAAAGUCAGUAAGAGUGAACAAACCGAUGAUGAAAAUGUGGUUGGUUUGGAAAAUGUCAAGUGCAUAUGUGAGGAGAAUGCGAACCAAGACGAGGCAAACCUAUCAAAUAACGUUGACACAGCCAAAGAGCCAUCGGCUCAAAUUCUGAAUUCCACUGAAUCAAACAAACCAGUGCAAUCAAUUUCAAGUAUUUCACAAGUGUAUAAUGAGCAGUUGACGGGAAAAUCGAUUGUUUUUAAUGGAGAUUCGGAGCACGCAUUUGAUGAUGACGCCACUCAUUGUACGCCGACGAAACCGGUGAACGCUAGUGGUGAUGGUGGUGAUUUUGAUGAUGGAAGUACAUCCGGAUCAGCUGCAUUGCGCAAAACACUUGAAAUGGAUAGCUAUGACAUAAACGAAGACAAUAAAGAAAUUGUGGACGAGAUUGUUGAAGAGAUAUUGACAAAAAGCGAAACUUUGCUGGACGAUUGUAAACGGUCAUUGGAUGAAAACCAUCAACAUUUAGAAGAAACGGAAACCACGUCAUCACCAGUCAUUAAAGAUGAGGAAAUCGAGCACGCAGUUAGCGAAGUGGUAAAAGGUGUACGAAAUAUUGAGCGUAAGGUGAAACGUGACAGUGAAAAUGAUUCGGAUUUGUCGGCCAUUGAAAUGGGUUUGAAAAUAAAUCGAGAACAACUGAAUGUUCAGAGGUCAACGAUUUCACCGAACAAUGUAUCGUCCGGCGUACAAAACGAAAAUCAAAAGGCUGAAAUAUUGCUAUCGAAUGUAGCAAUCAACGACAAGGAUAUUUCGAGCGAUAACGUUGAAAUCGAUAGAGUUCCAGAGAAAACGACUGUAGUCCCAAAUUCGGAGGAAAUCAAAGACAUCGUCACGACUAUUGUGAACGAUGUGAUUGAGAAUUGCGUAAAUCAAACAAAUCAAACAGCCACCGAUAUUGGCGACGUAUGUGAUAAUGAAAUGAAUAAAAUGUCCAUAAUUGAUAACAUCAAUAAUAAUAGUUCGGACGUAGCCACAAAUGAUAGCAACGAUAAUGCCAUAAUUGUCGACACAAUCACACAAAUGACCGAAAUCGUUGGCACCUUGAAUGCACCCACAAGUGAAUCGUUCCCAAUCGAUGAUGAAACAAAUGAAGAUAUAAUUAAAGGUAUUGUAAAUGAAAUCGUCGAUAAAUGUGUAGAAAGCGAAACGAACGCAGCGACCGACAACGAUAACAAUAACAACAACAACAAUAGCGAAGAAGAUACGAUGCCAAAUAAUGCAAGAAGUGAAGCGUUUAUCGCCGACACAAUGAGUGAAUCGCCCGAUGGCGAACAGCCAACUACCGAAGACAAUGCCAAAUUUACAUCUGCCACUGCAGAGGUAGCAGACAAUGACGAUGAUGACGACACAAACCAAACGAACGAGAAUCGAAACAUCAAACCAAACCGAUCCCAAGGUACAUCGAUUAGCACCAGCACACAAGUUGAAAACAAUCAUUUCGACCAAAGACAAAACCGAUCCAAAUCAUCUUCCAAUCGACCGAUGUUCAGUCCAGGACCAUCCCGACCACCAUUCCGGAUACCAGAGUUUAAAUGGUCUUACAUUCACCAGCGACUCUUAUCAGACGUUCUCUUUUCACUGGAAACUGACAUACAAGUUUGGAGAAGUCAUUCAACAAAGACCGUCUUGGAUUUUGUUAAUUCAAGCGAGAAUGCAAUUUUUGUUGUAAACACUGUCCAUUUAAUAUCCCAAUUGGCUGAUAAUUUGAUAAUUGCCUGCGGUGGACUAUUACCGUUAUUGGCAAGUGCAACAUCACCGAACAAUGAAUUGGAUUGUAUUGAGCCGACGCAGGGAAUGCCACUGGAAGUAGCCGUUUCAUUCUUGCAACGUCUUGUCAAUAUGGCUGAUGUUUUGAUCUUUGCCAGCUCACUGAAUUUCAGCGAAUUAGAAGCUGAGAAGAAUAUGUCGAGUGGAGGUAUCUUGCGGCAAUGUUUGCGUUUAGUAUGUACUUGUGCCGUUCGAAAUUGUCUUGAAUGCAAAGAACGAACGCGGUAUUCAAAUGGUGGACUGCCACGCGAUGUUCCAGGGGCAGCCCAUUUGCAAGCCCUGAUUCGCGGAGCUCAAGCAUCUCCAAAGAAUAUUGUUGAAUCAAUCACGGGCCCGCUGAGUCCCGUCAAGGAUGUGGAGAAACUCCUACAAGACAUGGACGUGAAUCGAUUACGUGCCGUUGUCUAUCGUGAUGUGGAUGAGACGAAGCAAGCACAAUUUUUGUCGCUGGCCAUAGUCUACUUCAUAUCGGUGUUGAUGGUGUCCAAAUAUCGUGAUAUACUGGAGCCACCUGCUGAGACGUCCGUACGUGCAUCACCUGUAGCACAACGCAUCCCACAGAAUCAAGGGCAGAGAAAUAUCCAAGAUGGUGACUACGAGGUAAUUGUCGUUGAUGAAAACAAUUCAUCGGUUCUGGCAGACGAUUCACAUUCAAGUGGACCACCAUCAAUUAAGAGUGUGGACUCCGAUGGUGCUUCCCUAAAUAUGAACUCAACGGAAAAUGAUGUACACGAAACAUCUAGUGAAAUUAUGAACGAUGACAACAAACCAACAAAUUCGAAUGAUGAAAGCUGGACAGAUGUUAAUUUGAAUGAGGAUGGUAGCGAUCGAAUUCGCGAUAUCGAAGGAAACAUUCAUCAUUUACAACGAGGGGAAAAGCCCGACUCAGAAAUAUCAGUCGUACGUGUUCCUGAUAGCUAUACCAUGAAUACUAGUCGUUCACAUCGGCCGGAGGAUAUGCAAAUCAAACCACCGCUUGUUGGACAGUUGCCAUUAUCAACACCAUCACGUGAAGCCAGUCUAACUCAAAAGUUAGAAGUAGCAUUGGGUCCGGUGUGUCCGUUGUUGCGUGAAAUCAUGGUUGACUUUGCACCAUUUUUAUCGAAAACUUUAGUUGGAUCCCACGGCCAAGAGUUACUGUUAGAAGGCAAAGGACUCACCACAUUCAAGAAUAGUCAAUCCGUCGUUGAAUUGGUGAUGCUGCUGUGCUCGCAGGAAUGGCAGAAUAGCUUGCAAAAGCAUGCUGGUUUGGCAUUUAUUGAGUUGAUAAACGAAGGUCGUUUGUUAUCCCAUGCAAUGAAAGAUCACAUUGUGCGUGUUGCAAACGAAGCCGAAUUUAUAUUGAACCGUAUGCGUGCCGAUGACGUGUUGAAGCAUGCUGAAUUCGAGUCUCAAUGUGCUCAAACUCUGUUGGAGCGACGUGAGGAAGAACGAAUGUGUGACCAUUUGAUUACAGCUGCUCGCCGACGUGAUAAUGUUAUUGCGAGCCGGUUGUUGGAAAAAGUCCGCAAUAUAAUGUGUAACAAGCAUGGAGCAUGGGGUGAAACUAGUGGAACGGUGACAAAGCAAAUAUUUUGGAAAUUAGACGCAUGGGAAGAUGAUGCGCGCCGAAAACGAAGAAUGGUACAAAACCCAAGAGGAUCAACACAUCCACAAGCUGCACUCAAAGCGGCUCUUGAAAAUGGCGCUCCUGAUGAUGCCAUAUCGCAGGCACGCGAAGAAUUCCAUUCACAAAUCGCAAACACACGAUCACAACAUGCAACAGCUCACAAUGGUGAUUUACUUGAUGAUGCUGAGCUACUCAUUGAGGACCGUGAACUCGAUUUGGACUUAACCGGACCGGUGAAUAUUAGUACGAAAGCAAAGUUAAUCGCACCAGGUUUGGUGGCCCGCGGUACCGUUUCAAUUACAAGCACCGAAAUGUAUUUCGAGGUGGACGAAGACUGUGAAGAAUUCCAAAAGAUUGACACCGAAGUGAUCAAAUAUUGUGAUCAUUUGCAUGGGAAAUGGUACUUUUCCGAAGUUCGAGCUGUAUUUUCCCGCCGAUACUUGCUACAAAAUAUUGCAUUGGAAAUAUUUUUAGCAUCACGUACAUCGAUAUUGUUUGCCUUCCCCGAUCAACACACUGUGAAAAAAGUGAUCAAAGCGUUGCCACGUGUCGGCGUUGGCAUUAAAUAUGGUAUUCCCCAAACGCGACGUGCGUCAAUGAUGUCGCCCAGACAAUUGAUGCGCAACUCAAAUAUGACGCAAAAAUGGCAAAGACGUGAAAUUUCUAAUUUCGAAUAUUUAAUGUUUUUGAACACAAUCGCUGGUCGUACAUACAACGAUUUGAAUCAAUAUCCAAUAUUCCCAUGGGUACUUACUAAUUACGAUUCUAAAGAAUUGGAUCUUAGUCAACCAUCCAAUUAUCGUGAUUUGUCGAAACCAAUUGGUGCAUUGAAUCCUAGCAGAAGAGAAUACUUCGAAGAGCGCUAUGAGAGCUGGGAGAAUGACACGAUUCCACCAUUCCAUUAUGGAACACAUUAUUCAACUGCUGCAUUUGUGUUGAAUUGGCUCAUACGUAUUGAACCAUUCACAACCAUGUUCCUAGCGUUGCAAGGUGGCAAAUUUGAUCAUCCGGACCGACUAUUCUCGUCAGUGACACUGGCAUGGAAAAAUUGCCAACGCGAUACAUCCGAUGUUAAAGAAUUAGUUCCUGAAUGGUAUUUCUUACCCGAAAUGUUCUAUAAUUCAUCGUCAUAUCGAUUGGGUACACGCGAAGAUGGGGUCACUGUCAAUGACGUUGAGCUUCCUCCGUGGGCAAAAUCACCAGAAGAAUUUGUACGUAUCAAUCGAAUGGCACUAGAAUCUGAAUUCGUUUCGUGUCAAUUACAUCAAUGGAUAGAUUUGAUAUUCGGGUACAAACAACGUGGACCUGAAGCUGUGCGAGCAACAAACGUUUUUUAUUAUCUUACAUACGAGGGAAGCGUUGAGUUAGACACAAUAACCGAUAUUGUUAUGAAAGAAGCAAUUGAAAAUCAAAUUCGUAACUUUGGUCAAACGCCGAGUCAGCUCUUGAUGGAACCGCACCCGCCGAGAAGCUCAGCGAUGCAUUUGUCACCAAUGAUGUUCAGUGCAAUGCCCGAUGAUGUGUGCAUGUCGAUGAAAUUCCACUUGAAUUCACCAAUCAUUCACAUAUCUGCUAACACUUAUCCACAAUUGCCUCUGCCAAGUGUUGUUACUGUGACCGCCGGCCAUCAGUUCGCUGUUAAUCGCUGGAAUUGUAAUUACACGGGCGCAGUACAAGGACCAAGUUACGCAGAAUCGAAUCAAAAUCAAAAUGCAAAUCUACCACUCACCAUGGAUCCGGUUCUCUUGCAAACAAAUGGUAACAAUACGGCUGUGCGCCGUCAUUUGGGUGAUAAUUUCAGUCAAAAGUUGAAAAUACGUGCGAGUUGCUUUGUCACAACCGUCGAUAGCCGCUUUCUGAUUGCAUGCGGUUUCUGGGACAAUAGUUUCCGCGUUUACUUAACGGAAACAGCAAAAAUUGUACAAAUUGUUUUUGGUCACUUUGAUGUGGUUUCUUGUUUAUCCCGAUCUGAGUGCAAUAUUACAUCCGAUUGCUACAUUGCGUCGGGUUCGGCUGAUUGCACAGUUUUACUGUGGCACUGGAAUGCACGAACACAAAGCAUUGUUGGCGAAGGUGAAGUGCCAACACCCAGAGCAACAUUGACCGGACAUGAGCAAGCCGUCUCCGCCGUUGUAAUCAGCGCUGAACUGGGAUUAGUUGUUUCAGGCUCGAUAAACGGCCCAGUUUUGAUUCACACAACCUUCGGAGAUUUGUUGCGUUCACUAGAACCACCGACUGAAUUCGUUUCACCCGAACUAAUUUCAAUGUCCCGUGAAGGCUUCAUCGUUGUCAGCUAUGACAAGGGCAAUGUUGCAGCUUAUACGAUCAAUGGAAAACGUCUGAGACACGAAUCGCACAACGACAAUCUACAGAGUAUGAUAUUGUCACGUGAUGGUGAAUAUCUAAUGACAGCCGGAGACCGUGGUAUUGUUGAAGUAUGGCGAACAUUCAAUCUUGCUCCAUUAUAUGCAUUCCCAGCUUGCAGCAGUGGCAUUCGUUCAUUGGCAUUAACUCAUGACCAAAAGUAUUUAUUGGCUGGCCUUGCAACGGGAUCGAUCAUUGUGUUCCACAUUGAUUUCAAUAGGUGGCAUCAUGAGUAUCAACAGAGAUACUAAAUUCAAUACUAAAUACGUUUGUAAUCAAGCAAGCGCAUUUAAACGCGUCGAUUUAGCAGAAUUUAAAAGUAAUGAAUGAAAAAAAAAUUGGUUUAAAUUUUUCUAUUUAGUACGUAUUUGAAAAACAAAACAAAUUUUUAUCCUACUGACUAAUUUUCAUUGAAUGCUUCUUGUAUUAUUGUGUCAAUGAGAUCACCGAGAAGUAAAACUCAAAGCCAAAUAUGAAAGAAAAGAAGAAGAUAUAUGUAGUUAAUGGAAGGAGAUAUGCGGCCAAAAUACUUAGCAACUUAGUAUAAAAUGUGGAUUCAUUGCUAUUUUAUGAAUAGAUAAUUGCAAAUUUUUUUAGACGAAUCAAGUAUUUUUACUGGUUUUUGAUUCGUCGAUAUAAUUUUGAUAACUACAGCGAAUGAAAAUGGAAAAAAAAAAUUGUUUAGAAAGUUCAAAAUUGUAUAUAGAAAAAGGUUUCGUUUGGUUUUUUAAAUUGGUUUCGGUUUAAGCAUACUGCGAAACAUUGAAAACAUAUUUAAAAAAAACAA